UCGACUGCCUACUUCGUAGGCUGCAACUAGUUUUGCAAGUUUUCUGGGGAGUUGUGUAUUCAUUACUUCGGAGCGCGGAGUAUGGCAGGCGACGGGCCGCGGAAUAGCCAAGGCGACAACAUUAAUGGUGGAGGAGAACGUGAUCGAGAUCGUGAUCAUGACCGGGGUCGUAACUGGGAUCGGGAACAUGAUCGAGAUCGGGAGCAGGAUCGUGACCAAGACCGGGACCCCGAUCGCAAUCAGCGGCGGGGCCCGCCCAUGUGUUUCAAGUGUGACAAGAUCGAUCAUUAUGCCAACCAGUGCAGUUGGUUUGACACGCCGUCAACUUUAAGAGAUUCCUACAGAGGACGUUCGUCUUCACCUCGACGAGGUCAUCAGAUGAAAUCUUCUUCAUCUGUUUGGCGUGAUCUGAUUGAUUUGGAUGCGAAAGCUUUGGAAGCAAUGUGCAAGAGCGUUGGUGUCGAGUACCGGGACAAGAUGAACACAAUUUUUGGUAUUGCCGACCAGAAGGCCGUAGAGGCUUACGACUUGGAACAUGAGUCUGAAGCAGCGGUGAAAGCUUUGACGGUGGAAGAAGUUGAAGUUGGAAGUGGAAACGAAGAUGACGAAGACGUUGAGGCCGAAACUACUAACCGUGAGUAAUGGUAGGUAGAAGGAUGUUGUAAAGGACAAGUUUGAUGGUGUCUACUCGAGAAGACGAAAAAUAUUGUUUUCUUUCUACCUUCCGACUGCCUAUUUGUCAAAAGGACUUGUAGUUUUGAAAAAAUAUUAAUUCAUUGUGUGUCGUAAAAUGAAUGCAAUUGAAAUAA